CACGUGCAGCCAGAUGCUGCUCACGGACAUGUGGAUGGGCCGCCUACGGAUGCGCAAGAACUCAGGCCUCAAGCUUGGAGUUCAAGAAUAAAGACGACAUGCCCUACAUGUCUCAGGCCCAGGAAAUCCAUCUCCAAGAGAAGGAGCCAGAAGAACCAGAGAAGCCCACGAAGGAGAAAGAAGAAGAAGACAUGGAACUGACCGCCAUGCUGGGACGCAGCAAUGGGGAGUCCUCGAGGAAGAAGGAUGAAGAGGAAGUUCAGAGCAGACACCGGUUAAUCCCUCUGGGCAGAAAAAUCUACGAAUUCUACAAUGCUCCCAUCGUGAAGUUCUGGUUCUACACUCUGGCCUACAUCGGAUACCUGAUGCUCUUCAACUACAUCGUGCUGGUGAAGAUGGAGCGCUGGCCUUCUCCCCAGGAGUGGAUCGUCAUCUCCUACAUUUUCACCUUGGGAAUUGAGAAGAUGAGAGAGAUUCUGAUGUCUGAGCCAGGAAAGCUACUACAGAAAGUGAAGGUGUGGCUGCAGGAAUACUGGAAUGUCACCGAUCUGAUAGCUAUCCUGCUCUUCUCGGUCGGCAUGAUCCUGCGUCUCCAAGAUCAGCCCUUCAGGAGCGACGGGAGGGUCAUCUAUUGCGUGAAUAUCAUUUAUUGGUACAUUCGUCUACUGGACAUCUUUGGCGUGAACAAGUACUUGGGCCCGUAUGUGAUGAUGAUUGGGAAAAUGAUGAUAGACAUGAUGUACUUUGUCAUUAUUAUGCUGGUGGUGCUGAUGAGCUUUGGGGUGGCGAGGCAAGCCAUUCUCUUUCCCAACGAGGAGCCGUCAUGGAAACUGGCCAAAAACAUCUUCUACAUGCCUUAUUGGAUGAUUUAUGGGGAAGUGUUUGCGGACCAGAUAGACCCUCCCUGUGGGCAGAACGAGACCCGGGAAGAUGGGAAAAUCAUCCAGCUGCCUCCUUGCAAGACUGGAGCCUGGAUUGUGCCCGCCAUCAUGGCCUGCUACCUCUUAGUGGCAAACAUCCUGUUGGUCAACCUCCUCAUUGCCGUCUUUAACAAUACGUUUUUUGAGGUAAAAUCAAUAUCCAACCAAGUGUGGAAGUUUCAGAGGUAUCAGCUCAUCAUGACUUUCCAUGAGAGGCCAGUUCUGCCCCCACCUCUGAUCAUCUUCAGCCACAUGACCAUGAUCUUCCAGCACCUGUGCUGCCGAUGGAGGAAGCAUGAGAGUGAUCCGGACGAGAGGGACUACGGCCUGAAACUCUUCAUAACCGAUGAGGAGCUCAAGAAAGUACACGACUUCGAAGAGCAGUGCAUCGAAGAAUAUUUCCGGGAAAAGGACGAUCGCUUCAACUCAUCUAAUGAUGAGAGAAUACGUGUGACUUCAGAACGGGUGGAGAACAUGUCCAUGCGGCUGGAGGAAGUGAAUGAGAGGGAGCACUGUAUGAAGGCCUCGCUCCAGACAGUGGACAUCCGGCUCGCGCAGCUCGAGGACCUCAUAGGUCGCAUGGCCACUGCCUUGGAACGCCUGACGGGGCUGGAGCGGGCCGAGUCCAAUAAAAUCCGCUCCCGGACCUCCUCGGACUGCACGGACGCGGCGUACAUCGUGCGCCAGAGCAGCUUCAAUAGCCAGGAGGGGAACACCUUCAAGCUCCAAGAGAGUAUAGACCCUGCAGGUGAGGAGGCCGUGUCCCCAACUUCUCCAACCUUAAUGCCCCGUAUGCGAAGCCAUUCGUUCUAUUCGGUCCAUGUGAAAGACAAAGGUGGGGUAGAAAAGUUGGAGAGUAUUUUUAAAGAAAGGUCCCUGAGCCUGCACCGGGCCACUAGUUCCCACUCCGUGUCCAAAGAAUCCAAACCUCCUACAGCCCCUGCCAACACCUUGGCCAUCGUCCCCGACUCCAGAAGGCCGUCGUCGUGCAUCGACAUCUACGUCUCCGCCAUGGACGAGUUCCACUGCGACAUAGACCCGGUGGACCCUCUGGAACAUUCCAUGGACAUCCUCGGGUUGGCCGAGCCCAGCUUUGCGACCCCGGCCCCCUGCCCAGCUCCUCCAAGCGGUGCCUACGCGGCCACCCUCGCACCCACCGAGAGAGCGCCAGGCCCCAGCAUCGAUUUUGAGGACAUCCCCUCCGUGGACACGCGAUCCUUGUCAUCCGACUAUCCCCACCUCCCGGAAUGCCCCAACCCCUGGGACAUCGAGCCCCCCAUGUACCCCGCCCUGGAGCGCUCUAAGAGCAGCCGCUACCUGGGCCCCGCGCCCUUCCUCCUGGACGAGCCCCCCAUGGUGAAGUCGCACAGCUUCGUGUCUGCGCCCACGCGGGGCUACGGUGCCGCCUUCGGGAUGCCCGUGAAAACGGCCGAGUACACCAGCAUCACCGACUGCAUCGACACCCGGUGCGUCAGCGCCCCGCAGGCCGUCGCCGACAGAGCCACCUUCCCCGGAGGGGUCCGGGACAGAGUGCAGGACUUAGCUUGCUGUCACCCAGAGAGAGAAGCCGAACUGAGUCACCCCGGGUCGGACAGCGAGGACAGCGAAGCCAAAGGCCGCAGGGUCGCCCCGUCCUCCCAGGGGAGCGAGAACGCCGAGCGCGCCCCGUCCAACCGCAUCCCAGUGCCCAGGACCGAGCGCGCCAACAGCUACUCGGCGGAGGAUGCGGGCGACGCAUCCUAUGCGCACACCAGGAAGAGCUUCUCCAUCAGCGACAAACUGGACCGGCAGCGGAACACAGGAAGCCUGCGAGCCCCCUUCCAGAGGAGCAAGUCCUCCAAGCCCGAGGGCCGAGGGGACAACGUGUCCAUGCGGAGGUUGUCCAGAACGUCUGCUUUCCACAGCUUUGAAAGCCAGCACACCUAAGCCUCCUCGCUGGGCAUCGUUGCAGGAGCCUCAGGCACCCAGCCCUGAACCCUCCCUGGACUCCCCCACUGCCCUCCUCGAGUGGAACCUGCGUUAGACUUAGCCGAACCAGCGAGCGAGGCCUCGGGAGGUGCCCACCUCACCCUUAGGUCCCUGGCUAGUACAAUGGGGACUCCACUGUCACAGGAAGGUUAGGGAUUCAACUCCACCAAGGGACCCCUGGAAGACAGGCCUGCUCAUCUAUUUCUGAAACACCCCACCCCGCCCCGCAAAAACCCAGUGGGGCGCAGUCCCCCACCCAAACCCACCCCUCACACAGCUGGGUCGCCGAGAGUCACGGCCAAUCUCGCGUGCCUCCUAACACAAAGGUGACUUCUGGGCCACAGGCCCAGAAAGCAGAGCGUUUGACCCAAGAUGCCCAAAG